UUUCAUCUAUCACGAUCAUCUCGUUGUCAGUGCACUUGUUCGCGCACCUUAUGAAACACCUUGUACCUACAAAUGUAACGUUAUUAUAUACAUACGAGAUUAUCGAAGCGAACGUUACAGCUACGUGUUUGCGAUCAGAUAAGCGUACGGUUGAAAUAAAUAUGUUAUCUCCGAUAAAUUAUGUGUGAAAAAUACAGUGCGAUAAGGGCUUAGUUAGCCUUUAGCGAUUUUAAGAGCUGGCUGCAUGCAUACCGAGUGAUUCGACUAUCAUGGCGGGUGAACAGAAAGUAGAACAGCUUCAAAAAGCAACAGACAGAAUUCAAAAAGAAAUCGAAGAAGUUACAGAGAGAGAGUACGAGUUACGGAACGUGGGAAGCAUAAAGACAAUUUCUCUUGAAACUGUAGACGCUAAGGUACAUCGAAUGCCACUGGCUCUGGCCUCCGGAAAAUUGAAGAGAACUACGUCCACUCCGCAAAUUUUAGAAUCAGUAAAUCAAUCAUCUCACGCGACUAAUUUAUCUCCAAAAAUGACUAACGGCGUGAUAUCAGCAAGAUCCACACCGACUCCAGUUCGUUUUGCUACUAGUCAAACACAAAAAGGUUUGAUGCAAAGAUUUUUGGCCACCAGAGGAAAGAUCUACAAGCCAAAGCCUGUGAUCACUGAUUUUUCCACAUUGAAGACUACGCCUAACAACAUUAAUGCUAAUCCAUUAAGUGUCAAGCCAUUCAACGUAGGCCUGGACAUUGAAAUCGAGCCAGACGAUGAGCCAAAAAAACCACCUGUCAGAAAAGGCUACGUUCCAGUAGAGGAAAAAAUUCAAAAAGAAUUGAACGAAAUGAAAGAACGUGAAAAUGAGCUGAGAUUAAUGAGAUCUCAAAUGCUGGCAAAAUCACAACCCAACCUUCUUGACAUUAUUAAUGACAGUGACUCAGACAUUUACGAUGGGACCAGCUCGCUGCGGAGCGGAACGUCUUCUAAUACGUUGAAUGAAGAUGAACCAGAAAAAGAAUUCAAGGGAAAGCACAAAGCCAACCCUCGACGACGGAGUGCUUUGAUAGCGCAGUGGGAAAAUAUCAUAGCAUCGAAGAAGGAAGUAAGUGAAAAUGGAAGUGAAAUUGAUGGUAGUUUGUAAGGAGCUGGCUCCUGUGUAUUUAUAUCACUAUUUUUUACAAACUUUGAAAAGUUGCAUCAAAUAUCCAACGACUGUCUAUGUUAGUUCAGUUGGUAUGCUGACUUGUUGUGCCAACAAUUAUGAUUCAUAUUAUGAUAUCACUAGACUGGUGCUGUGGCACUUGUUUGUUCAAAAUCCAUGUAGCUUCGACUAAUUUCGUUUCAUGCAAUUAUUGUGUGACUGAGACGUGUGGUCGCAAAAAUGACGCAGGAAUGAUUAGUACAUUAUUUAGGACGCUUUGUCAUUAUGGUAAGUAAUGAAAAGAGCUUUCAGAAAUGCAAGCAGCAGUAAUUGUAAUAUUCUAUGAUGCAUGAGUAUCGUAACCCGUACGUUCGUGUAAAAGUAUUCUACGCAUGUUUGUGAAUUUUUACUUGCAAAAACUUCUUAUAAAUUAUUGUGGUCCAGAUUACGGGUUGAUAAGGAAUUUGAUAAAUGUCUGGUUAAUGUAAUUGCAGACUACAAACGCGUUGCGUUAUAAUUAGAUACUGCAGGUGAGGAAGCUGAAUUUAAUCAUAUCACAUGUAUAUUCGAUGCAUAAUUUUGUGUGAGAAUAGUUUUUUAUUUCUCUGCAUUUCAGUAUUAAAUUGGUAGCUAAACUAUCAGUGUAAGUUUCUGAUAAUAUACUUACGGAGCCACGUAAAUUAUAAAAAAUAUUCGUAUAAAGAAGUACGGAGUUAAAUUAAAUAUGUCCCAUUCUCGCCGGUGAUUUUGUCGGCAUAUACCUAUACAGGUAUAAUGUCGAUGUAAUAUAAUUAUUUUUUUUUAAAUAUAUUAAUUAUAUCGAUUAGCUGAUAAUAUAUAUAUAAUACAUAUACAUAUAAAACUAAUCAAAAAAUAUGUGCAAUCUUAUAUCUAUAUCGAAACCGGAGUCGAGUUUUGUUACACUAUCUCGAUGAGUCCUAUUUUUGUUUAUUUAUAUUUUAAAUAUCUACGGAUUGCAUUCUGUAUCAAUCAUUUAACUAUUCAUUUUUUCACCUUACUCAAUUGUGGCCUUGCAUUUGGAAAUGAUAUACUUCUAGGCUGAAACAUUUUUGGCGCAUCCUUGAACUAAUUUCACUUGUGAAAUUCAAUACUCCACAUAUUACAUCAACUACAAUUAUACCUUACUAGUUAAACACAGUAAUAAUCGAUGCUCUAGAUUCUUUGUGCCUUGAGACAAAAAAAAAAAAUAACACGAACUUUCAGAUACAAAUAUUUUUUAAUCAGUCAUUUCAAUGGUCGAUUAUCUACUCUCUGUCAAACGUGUCAGUACCACGAUGUACUACACUAUAAUUCCUGGUGUAAACUUGUACGCUCAUUACUCAUAGUGUCCAGAAUCAUGGAUCUUUCAUGAUAUUGUUGAAUUAUUAUAUUGCUAUAAUUACUAUUAUUAACAUUAUUAUUAUUAUCAUCAUCAUCAUUAUUUUGUCAUCGUUAUUGUCCGUACUAGGAAUGAUGAAAUGUUCGUAUGAUUCAAGUAUAUACCUUCUAUAAAUUUUAUUCAGCGCCAACAUUCAGUAACAAGAAUACAUCGCUACAUGCAUUACACGUAAUUGUAUACGUAAACGAUCAUACCUACAAUUGUAGUGAUCAGUACUAUAAUAUAACGUUUUUUUUCCCUUUCGAAUAAAUUUUUGUCCC